AUGGCUCCUCGUAAAGUAAAGUCUGGUGCCACUGCUGGAGAUGAUGAUGUCUCUAUCGUCCAUGAAUACCUUCGCCAACAAAAGUACCACUCUAACCAUCUAGGGUAUCCUCAAACCCAUGCUGCUAAGAUUCUCCGGGAUUUGCACGAAAAGAAGCAGAUCGAAGGACGAACUUCUGGCAAACAGACAGUCUACCAUGCACUGCAAGAUCCCUCGGACACAGCCACCCCCGAAGCAGCAGCCGCGCUAAGCCGCGAUAUUGCAAACCUUCAAAGCCAACUCGAAGCAUUUAAAGCCAAUGAGAAGAAGGCCCGAGCCGCUCUGAUAGCCCUGGGGGCCAAACCCCGGGUGUCUGAUCUUCGCCAGGAUAUCACCCGCCUGGAAAGCGAACAAGAGGCGAUCCAGGCCCGCUUGGCAAGCCGCCACGAGGAUGAUACGGUUUCAAUCUCGCCGGCUGAAAGAGCAAAGCUUGAAACCGAGUGGAAACAAUGGCAGCGCCAGGUCGGCAUUCGCCGUCGCAUCUGUUGCGAGCUGUGGGGACGAUGCUCUGAGGUUCUUCCGGAGAACGUGACUGCCCCGGAGCUGUGGGAAUCUUUGGGGCUUGAAGGAACGCUCCAAUAA